AUGCAAUCUACGCAACUUGAUACGUUUUUUGCGAUUGGCCAUUUUCAAUGUGGAUAUCUCUUUGAAGCUUUGGGGCGCCACGAGGAGGCCAUAAAAUCCUAUCUUGCAUGCAUCAACGUGGGAGCAAAUAUAAGUUUUCGCGACAGUAAAGUCAUUGACUAUGAGCAGCUCGGAAUUGACCUCAGAUUGUGUCUUUGCGAGGCUUAUUUUAAUUUGGCGAUAAUUUAUUUGAAUGGACCAGAUGCAUAUGAGGAGGGCAUGCGAUAUCUUUUACUGGCCGCAGACAACAUCCAUUUUCCAAGACACGAGCGGAUCGAGCUUUCUCUUAGAGAUAGGGGCGAGAGACGAGUUCCUUUUUCGAUUAAAAAAGGAGCUAUUUUCCGUCCAGGGUCCAUUCGCCUACUUUAUAAUGAAGCCCCUAGUAUUUGCACGGACAGUGGCAUUAAUACAGAUGUGGAUCAAAAGAUCUUGUCCACGGCUGCAAUUAAUGUUGCAACCGAGCUAAAUAGCAAAGUUGUCAAGAUAAUUUUGGACAAAGAAAGAUGCAUCUACCGGAAAUGGUCGAUAAUUUCCACAGAAAAAGAAGCCAUAUACGGAUCACUUAUGGCGCUUCUCAAUGAAAAGGAACAUUGGUAUUUUAGGGAUAAUGAGGGAGACUGGGCGUCCAUUACCAGUCCGCAGGACUUGGAAAUCGCUCUCGAAGUCAUGGAAAAGGAGAAGAUAUUUACGAUUACUAAAUUUUAA